GACGCCACUAGGUCGCAGUAACAUCGGUGCCAUUGAGUUCACACAAUAUGAGGGAGCACAGCGGCAGCCAAAACCCAACUCUAGAUUUUUCAAAUUGGUGUGUUUGACUGUUUUGCACCCGCAUAAGGUAACAAUAACGAUACAUUACAACCUACGAGAAUGGAAGCCAGAAGCUGGCUUUUAUUUUGACUGCAAGAAUGUGGUGCGGGGAGCCCUGACAAUACGCCGUUUAGCUUUCAAAUGGAAGAUUGGCUACUCUAGCUCAUUUCGGUGGAUAUGCUGCCGUUGUUUUUUUUACACAGACCCUUUCUAAUCGCCAUGGAUCUUCGGAUUUGGAUUCUUUUACCUCUUUGGUCUAUUGAGCUGUGAAAAGAAGCCAGGCUAACGCCGAUCGACCGGGAUACAACAUUCUCUGCCUACCUCGACAUUUUGCUACCAGGGAUUUAAAUAAUCACGUGCUACAACAACGGAAAGAUUUUUUUUUUUUUAAUAAUCAGAAUUGAUGUGGCCGUUUGACCUUUAAUGAAUUCAAUCUGGAGGGCAAAAUGAAUAGGGAAAGGCCGAAGAGAAAUAUCAUUCAAAAGAAAUUUGAUGAUAAUGAUGGGAUCCCAUGGUCGGAGGAGAGAGUGGUCCGCCGGGUGCUCUACCUCUCACUUAAAGAGUUUAAGACGGCUCAGAAGAGCAAAGUGGAGAAUGGCACUGGAAUAGUUAAUGGCUCCUUUGCAAAUGGUCAUUUGAAUGGUUCGGGAGCUAAAGCUGGGCUGUUCACUGGAAGCUGUAAGUCAGACCGGACAGAACAUGCAGUUCAGAGUAAAGACUGCAGCCAUGAGUACUCAAUAGAGGGGCCUGUCAGAAAGAAGCCAAGACUGCAGGCUCAGAGGAAGUUUGCUCAGUUUCAUCCCUGUUCUCCCAAUGCCACCCCGAUGAAAAUGCUGGAGGCCAUGCCCCGGAGCCCAGCCAUGCUCAACCAACUCACAAAACGCAAACCCAAAACCGAAGAUUUCCUUACUUUCCUCUGCCUAAGAGGAACUCCUGCGUUGCCCAGCAACAUGGCAUACUUUGGUAGUGCUAAAGAUGAUGAAGAUGUAGAAGAGGAAGAGGAUGAGGAAGAAGACAGCGUUAGCAAUGCCCCUGCUUCCUGCCAGUCCACUCCGCGCAAGAGCAAAGGACUCAACAAAUGCGUCGCCAACGGUCAUGUAUUUAAUGGACAGAAACGAGCUGCUGAGGAACACAAGAGCAGUUUAAGGGCCAGAGGGAGAGGCAGGGUCCAUGGGAAGGAGAAGAACUCUGUAGCAUCAGCUAGGACCUCCACUACACACAAUCUACGACCCAACAGGGCUGUACAAGAACAAAAACAACAGUCCUCCAAAAUGAACAGAACAUUGGGAGCAUCCGCUGUCAGUUCUAGGAAGACGAGAGAACUCCGUAGUCCCCCGACCAAAGCUGUGAAAUACCCCAAGGGCCACGUGACUUACACCAAAGCCAGACUGCUCAAAGAGGCCAAGCUCAGCCUGAGCAUACACACACGCCACACCCAAACACACCCUCAGCACUCCAACUCAGGAAAAGCCCAAACCAGCCACGCCAAGAUGCAAAAACAGGUGCUAUCACCAGCAACCGCUGGGAGGCUGUGUGGGACGGACACUUUCCCACACAGACGAAACGGACUGAGACAGUCAAAGAGGCAGUUGGAGUUAGACGGGGAUAGUCUGACUGGAGCAGAGAUCGAGGUUAAGAGGGUCAAAGUGGAAGUGGUUCCCUUGGAAACGCGAAGUAGGAAAGCAGCUCAGGAGAUGCCGGUGAGACCGCAAGUGGCAGGAACGCAACGGCCCAGACGGGCCUCGGCGGGGAAGCUCAUGUUCACCAAACAGAUGCACUGUAAAGCCACCGUUCUGGCCAAGAACAGCCCCAUUACCUCAACACGAGACAUUUUGAAGCCAGCUAACUCCCCCAAAAUAUCAGAGACCCUUAAAACAAGCAAUUCCCUAAAGCAAGGCAAUCCUUCUAAUACGACUGAGCCCCUCAACCAAGCUGAGCCUAAAGAGCGAGGCCGGCGCAGUGCGGAGGUCACGGAAGUUCCCGUUUUCUAUCCCAGCACACGCGAGUUCCACGAGCCGCUGACUUACAUGGAGUUUGUGCGGGGGCAAGCGGAGGCGUUUGGGUUGUACCGGGUUGUUCCGCCAGCGGAUUGGCGUCCUGAGUGCAAGCUUAAAGAGGAGAUGCGCUUCGUCUCGUACGUGCAGCAUGUGCACAAGCUGGGCAGACGCUGGGGCCCGAAUGUACAGCAACUGGCUUGCAUCAGGAGACACCUGCGGACACAAGGCAUUAAUAUAGAAGAGCCUCCACUUAUAGGCGGCUGUGAGCUGGACCUGGCCAGAUUCUUCCAGAUCCUCAAUGAAAUGGGGGGAAUGCAGCAGGUGACAGACCUGAAGACGUGGGGCCGUCUCGCCGAUCUGCUGGGCAUCCCGCGCUCGGCUCAAGAUCGGCUGGCCAAGCUCCAGGAGGCGUACUGCCAGUACCUGCUCUCCUACGACUCCCUAUCCCCAGCCCAGAGGGCCCAGCUGGAGAAGGAAGUGCUGGCGGAGAAAGAGGCCCUGGAGAGAAGAAAUGGGCCCCUAGAGGGCCAGGGAGACAUAUCCCAGCAUGCUGCUCUGCUGCUUCCACGCUGUGAGCCCAAAAAUGGGCUGGUGAACGGAGCGUUGCACCGAAGCGGAGCGCGUGAACACCUCAGAGAGCUUGACCCCACGGUGAAGACCACCCGGCCGAGAAGACUAGAGAAGAGAGGGGAGGAUGAAGGGGUGAUAAAUGAACAUCACAAGUGCAUACACAGGGGAAAGUCGUUCUCGUUGACAACAUUCUACAGGGCAGCCAGGAACACUAUGAACAUGUGCUUCAGCAAAGAGCCAGACACUGCUGAAGUUGAGAGGGAGUACUGGAGACUGGUUGAGGAAAAGGAAUGCCAUGUUGCUGUGCACUGUGGGAGGGUCGACACAAAGACUCAUGGGAGUGGAUUUCCUGUGGGAAAGUCUGAGCCAUUUUCAAAGCAUGGAUGGAAUCUUACUGUCCUUCCCAAUAACUCAGGAUCCAUCUUACGUCAUCUUGGUGCUGUGCCAGGAGUGACCAUCCCCUGGCUGAACAUAGGCAUGGUCUUUUCUACCUCAUGCUGGUGUCGGGACCAGAACAGCCUUCCAUAUAUCGAUUACCUACACACUGGUGCUGACUGCAUUUGGUACUGUAUUCCAGCUGAAGAGAAAUCAAAACUUGACAAAGUAGUACACACACUGCUACAGGCAAAUGGCACUCCAGGGUUGGAGAUGCUAGAGAGGAACAUUAUGAUUUCUCCAGAGGUGCUCCGUCGAAAGGGGGUGAAAGUGUACCGGACUGUCCAACAGAGUGGUCAGUUCAUGGUAUGUUUCCCUGGGACCUAUGUGUCUAAGGUGUGUUGUGGCUACACUGUCUCAGAGACAGUGCACUUCGCCAACCCCCAGUGGAUGAAACUGGGCUACGAGGCAGCUAAGGACCUUAAACGGCGUCGUAUAGAGGAGCCUUUCUCCACAGAGAAACUGCUCUGCCAGAUCACUACAUGUGAGCGGGACAACAAGCAGCUCAUGAAUGCAGUCUCCAGUCUCAUCAAAGAUCUCAGGGAUGCAGAGAUUAGCCAGCGCAGGGAUCUGUUCGAGGCCGGGCUCCGUCUGUCUGCGCGCUAUGGCACACACUGCGAGUCUCAAGCAGACAAGAAGAAGCAGCAGCGCUCGAGAUUUACAGAAGACACGGCUGACAGACGCUGCCAAGUGUGUCAGCAUCUGUGCUACGUCUCCAUGGUUGUUCACGAGAGUGACAAUGUGGUUUUCUGUCUGGAAUGUGCUCUUCGAUACAUCCAGAAGCGCAGGUCCCCCCGUGGCCUCAAGAUGAUGUUUCGUUACACUGAGGAGCAGAUCAACAGUCUGGUGAAUCGAGUGUGUGGCAGAGCAUUGGAGAAGGGUGGAGUGAAGCAGAAAGCCGUCGGGCCCAGCAAGACACCAGCAAAACGAAGCCCCAGAAACAAGAGCUCCGCCUUGAUCCCCCUCUCCAGCGCCGCUUCAAAUAACACCGGCCGCUCCUAACUAGACCAGACCAGACCAGACCGUCAGCGACAUUCCUCCGGGUCUCCUUUUAUAUCAGGUGUUCCUAAUACUUGUGUACAAACACUCUUCAAUACUCUUUGUACCUACUGUAUAAUAUAUCAAUACAACAAGCUGUUAUAUUGCACUUUUGUAUUACAGAUACGUGUAGUUACUGGCUGGUUAGUCCAAUAUAUUGAAUGUACGGAGGUUAAAUGUUACAUCGCAUUUCACGUCAAAUAUAAGGGGGCGAAUGCACAAUUGUUUGGGGCACCUGACAUAAGGCUAUUGGGUCUCAUCCAACAAGCACGCAACCUUUUGCACUAGUAUUGAGAUUGGUUUUUAGAUGAGUAUUUUCGGGUUGUUUUAGCAUUAAAUCGAGUAUAGAUAUGCGUAUACAUAGAUAUAAAUAUAUCCUAUACUAUUCCUAUCAUUUGUGUUUAACUGGUGCUGUAGUGACACUUUUCUCCAUCACCCUUACGGCCUGUUUGUCUCUUGGGCUCAUGUUUAUUACGUCUUAAAGCUGUCAGGAACAAGAACGAACAUGCGUGAUUACAGCCCACACAUCAAACACUGCAUGUAUCGUGGUUACUGGCAUUUCGUUUCUCCAGCUACAAAAAAAAAUAAAUACAAAAAUUGCGGGCUUGACACUUUUACAUAGAUCUAACAUGUGAAGGAGCCCGUGAAUGUUUCUGACGGCACCGAUAAGAGAUUUCCUUUGCGAAUUCCCACCUGGAGAUCUCAAGGCCUUGUGUGAGUACACUAGGAACUCCCCUCUUUUAAAAGCACAUUUUGAGGCCUUUUAAUAAACAUCUUUGGAGUACAAAUAACAAGUUUGUUGCUGAGGGCAGUUUGUGCUUGUUUUUAAAGUUACUAUGUCAAUUGUAAAUGCAGUUUCCCUUUUAUCCCACAAACUUUUGUCCCCCUGACUUUAUAUUUGUAAUUGGUUACCAGUGUUUCGUUUUGCCGUUAAGAAUGAAAUCUUUCUUUCAUUUUCAUAGAAUAUUAUUGCGAAAUAAUAAUUUCUAUCAAAAAUUAAUCCCCAAAUAUGUUUCUAUGCCAGUAAAUGUUAAAUUGAGCCUUUGAGUUCGGGUCUCUAGGGGUUUGGAUGAGAAGGUCGAGAUGAAGAAAAAGCCUUACUUCUACAUUGGUUUCUUCAUCAAUAUAAAUUAGAUGUUAACAGGGUUGCUACAAAAACAUACAAAAAAUAAGUGCUGCUUAAAUCACUGAGAAGUAUGUCAUAGUGGUGAUCCCUAGUUUUUUAGCUUUAAUUUGUUUAUUCAAAAGGAAAAGUCUUUUACCCAAAAGUAAACUAUUGUGUAGGCCUAGCUACCCAUUGCACUGACUGUAUCAAAGUCUUGUAAUCAAACAUGGUAGUCGCCCCUUUCCAAAUGACUGACUUGUAUUUAAGGUUUAAAAAACUGAACAGUGUUUCCAAAAUGUGGUUGUAUACUUUUUAUGGCCUUAAAAUGUUUUAGUUUUUUUGUUUUGUUAUCCUUUUCACCAUAUUUUAUACAGUAAUACUCCUGAUCCUUGUACUGUUAAUUUAUAUGCACUGUUAUUCAGUCCUCCAGUCCAGUGGAGAUCUUUUUGGUUACUUUUUUUUUUCUUUCUUUUUUUUUUUUUACUUUAGGUUUGUAUAUUUUUUUUGGUUUUAAUAAAUAAAUCACUUGUCAAUCCUUCCAAAAAUGUACUGGCCUCAUUGUUUUGUUUUUUAAUGGAGCUGCACAGAGUAGUUUUGAUUUUAUGGACAAUAACUGGUAAAAUGGCAAAAUUAUAAUUCUACAUUAUUUUGUGUUAAACUAAACAUAAUACAUAAAACACUACAAAUUAACUAUAAAAUUCAUAUUUUUAAAUGCUAGAUGUCAAUUUAGGCAUCACAACAUUAUAAUGUACAGUAUGAAAAAUGUCUAUUCAAAAAAUUACAUUUAACAAUAUUAAGUUUUUAAAGAUUAACUUUGAAUGUUAGGUGAUAGCCAAUUUAAUAGCCGGUAUCUGUUGAUAACAGAUCAAAAACAAUACAACUGUUCAUUGUUAGUUCAUGUUAGCACAGGUAUAUUAAUAUUACCGGCUAUUGAUUUUAAUAUUUAGUAUAUAUUUACAUUAACUGACACCCACCCCUCCCCCCAAAAAAGUUCAUUUUAACUAAGGUUAGCAAAUGAAACCUUAUUGUUAGUGUUAUAUAUUUUGAACAUUUUAAAGUGCUUAAUACUUUUAUUCAGCAAGCAUGCAUUCAUUUGAAAAGUGCCAGUAAUGUUACAGUGUUACAAAAUAAAGUUUUUGAACUGUUCAUUUAUCACAAUGUUUCAUGGUUUCCACAAAAAGUAGCACAAUUGUUUUCAAUACUAAGAAAUGUUUCAUGAGCACCAAAUCAACUUUUUUUUUUUUUAAAUUGUAAUAGUUUAUCACAAUACAAGUUAUACUGCAUUGUGGAUUAAAAAAAAUGUAGCCUCAGUGAGCAUGAGACUUUCAUUUCAAAACAUUAAAUAUUGUACCAACCCUAAACUUUUCACACACCCUUCUUCUUGAAAUCAUUUCUUAUCAAAACCCAUGCAGUCGGACUUUACUCUUCCUUUUAUAAAAGCCCUCAUUCUCGCUGCCUUCAUUUCACUGCAGUUACCGUGAUAACUCCGUAUUCUUCCCCAGAGGUAACAGGGUUUGAGAGCAACAGCUUGCUGUACGGGGAGCCUGUAA